UUAACGCAAUUUUAAUACUUGUUUGCAUAAAUCUUGAACGUGGCUAUGGCUGGAGGUAAUUGCAGGUAGACACAUCUAAGAAUUUUGGAUUAGAGAGGCCGUGGAAACUGUGUCAUGUUGAUGGCUGGAAUUUGGGCUCAGCUGUCUGUAUUUAGUUGAUGGCUUUCUUCAAAGAUAAAAUGUGGAUGCAAUCAGUUCAACAAAGACAGUCAUUCAGUGUUCCGAUUCAGAUCACUCUGCAGAGCAGCAGAAGACGCUACAUGAGGGAAGCCUUCUCUGCCGUGCCUGGCAAGGUUAAAAGGAAAGAAAGCAGCAGCAGCGAUGGGGUUAAAGCAUGUGAUAAAAUGAAGAAACAAGUUUCAAAUGCUGGAGAAGACAGAGCAAUGCUGCUGGGUUUCACCAUGAUGGGGCUUUCGGUAUUAAUGUUCUUUCUGCUGGGAAUCACUAUUCUAAAGCCCUUUAUGCACAGUGUGUGGAAUGAAGAGUCCAAUUGCACUAUUAUCCAGGCUGAUAUAAUGGACGACUGGGUAGACUGUUCUUUUACGUGUGGUGUAGACUGCCACGGACAAUCAAAAUAUCCCUGUCUUCAGGUUUUAGUGAAUGUAUCACAGUCUGGAGAAAUCGCUGUGCUGCACUACAACGAGGAAGCUGUCCAAAUUAAUCCCAAAUGCUUUUAUAUUCCAACAUGCCAACGGGAUAAGAAUAAUUUAUUGGAUGGUGUCUUGGAUGUGAAAGAAUACUUUGAACGCAAAAAUGACACACCUUUUGCUUGUUUCCACCAACAAGACCGCAAACCAGAGGAUGUCAUCAUGAUGAAAAAAUAUGACCGAUCAGUCGUCUUCCAUUGCCUUUUUUGGCCUACUCUUAUGCUUGUUGGAGGAGCUUCAAUAGUGGGCAUGGUCAAACUAACCCAGCACCUCUCACUGUUGUGUAAGGUUUACUGCAGUUCAACUAGGGAGGAACUUGGGAGUUUUAUGCCAAGGGCUGAAUCGCAGCAGAGUAAAACAAGGAAAGAAGAAAAAACUUUAAGGUGGCGAUUAAAUUCACAAAGUAUGAAUAACACUCUGUAUCAAUGAAAAGAGACAUGAAAGGCACAUUCUAAUUUAAAAAGUUGCUGAUUUUUUUUAUUAGAAGGGUUAAAUAUUUUUAGAAUACUACGCCUUCCCACCAUUUUUUAUUUUUUUUGUAAUCCAGAAUUGAAGCAGCCUCUUCAUUGUAGCAUGAUACUCCUCCAAAGAAAUCAACAAGAUUGAGGACAUAAGGCACCUGCAUGGCAUUUGCCACAAACCACCAAAUCAAAUGCUUCUCUAUGAGAAGCAUUAAAUACUGGUUGCACACAGUUUCAGCAUACGUUCGAUUUGAGAGAACAUGUCUAGUAGUUGCCUGCUUGAUAGCUACUAGUAAGUGUUGGCAUUGCUAAAAGUAAGGAGGAGAAACAGAAGGGUGGUGCAGCUCCCACUAUGUC